AUGACGCUCCUCACCGUGCCCGCCGAGGCGCCAAAGCCCCAAGAUGACCUCAAGACCGUCGUGGGGACUCGGACCAGGGAGUGGCACUUUCAUAUCUACUUCCUGCUGCAGUCUGCGACCGAAACGGCCGCAGCGCUCGCGCUUCGUGAUGCCGUUCUCAGGCUGCGUCGCGACGGCGCCUUUGUGGCCGUUCCGCUGCGCACCGUCAACAAAUCUCCCGUGGGACCGCAUCCUGCUGGGUCGUACGAGAUCUGGGUUCCGGACUCUUCCUUCUCCCAAGUCUUCUUCUACCUGGCUACGAACCGAGGAAACCUGAGGCAAGUCUCUCUCUGCCUUCACCAUGGGAAGGCCUUGGAUGCCUCUGGCUCACGUCGCUCGUUCAACGUACACACAAGGGAACAAAACGCACCAUGCCUGUAUGCUGAUCAAUCUCGCAGCGUGCUCGUACAUCCGCUGACGUCGCAACAACGGCGGGAUCACGAGAGUCGCAACGGAUGGCUGGGCAAACCGUGGCCCAUCUACCUGGACGGCCUGCCGCGCGAUGGCGACGAGCCUCCGCUCCAGUAUCCCGAACUCCGUCUAGGUUGGUCUGCCCCGCCUGAAGAGGACAUGUCCCUGGACGAGAGGCGCAGGAGAGGGGCGAAGCUUGAGGAAUUGCUGGCCAACGAUCCCGAAGCGGCUCCUGCUCCCGUCGACUGA